UCGGCCCCGCCUCCUGCCCUCCGGUGCCGGAAGUUCUAGCUUCGUCGGUACGUCGCCCUCCGCGGGCCGCAGCGCAUGAUGCUCCGCGACCCCCGCCGCCUUCUCAGGGUGUCUGUGGCCCCCGCGGCGGCCCUGGCUGUGGCGGUGCUGUCGUCGCUCUCGCGCUGCUCCCUCCUGGAGCCGGAGGACUGCGUGAUCUCGGCGCUCAGCCCCUACUUCGGCACCAAGACUCGCUACGAGGAUGUCAACCCCGGGCUGCUGCUGGACCCCGAGGCGCCGCGGCGGGACCCGGAGCUGUUGGAGGAGACCUGCACGCCGGUGCAGCUGGUCGCCCUCAUCCGCCAUGGCACCCGCUACCCUACGGCCAAACAGAUCCGCAAGCUGCGACAGCUGCACGGCUUGCUGCAGGCCCGCGAGCCCGGGGAUGACAAGACCUGCGCUGCCGGCAGUCACGACCUGAGGGCCGCGCUGGCCGCCUGGCCGCUGGGGUACGCGGAAUGGAUGGACGGGCAGCUGGUGGAGAAGGGGUGGCAGGACAUGCGACAGCUGGCGCUGCGCCUCGCUUCCCUUUUCCCGGCCCUCUUCAGUUUCGAGAACUACUGCCGCCUGCAGCUCAUCACCAGCUCCAAGCAUCGCUGCGUGGACAGCGGCGCCGCCUUCCUGCAGGGGCUGUGGCAGCACUACCACCCUGGGUUGCCGCCGCCGGACAUCGCAGACAUGGAGUGUGGGACUCCAAGAAUUAAUGAUAAACUAAUGAGGUUCUUCGAUCAUUGUGAGAAGCUUUUAACUGAAGUGGAAAGGAAUGCUACUUCUCUUUAUCAUGUAGAAGCCUUCAAAACUGGACCAGAAAUGCAGAACAUUGUAAAAAAAGUUGCAGCUACUUUGCAAGUACCAGUCAGCAAUUUAAGUGCAGAUUUAAUUCAGGUAGCUUUUUUUACCUGUUCAUUUGACCUGGCAAUUAAAGGUGUUAAAUCUCCUUGGUGUGAUGUUUUUGACAUAGAUGAUGCAAAGGUAUUAGAAUAUUUAAAUGAUCUGAAACAAUAUUGGAAAAGAGGAUAUGGGUAUACUAUUAAUAGUCGAUCCAGCUGCACCCUGUUUCAGGAUAUCUUUCAGCACUUGGACAAAGCAGUUGAACAGAAACAAAGGUCUCAGCCAGUUUCCUCCCCAGUCAUCCUUCAGUUUGGUCAUGCAGAGACACUUCUUCCACUGCUUUCUCUCAUGGGCUACUUCAAAGACAAGGAGCCCCUAACAGCUUACAAUUAUAAGGAACAAAUGCAUCGGAAGUUCCGAAGCGGUCACAUUGUACCCUAUGCCUCGAACCUAAUAUUUGUGCUUUACCAUUGUAAAAAUGCUAAGAAUCCUAAAGAAGAAUUCCAAGUGCAGAUGUUAUUGAAUGAAAAGGUGUUACCAUUGGCUCACUCACAAGAAACUGUUUCUUUGUAUGAGGAUCUGAAGAACCACUAUAAGGACAUCCUUCAGAAUUGUCAUACCAGUAAAGAAUGUGAAUUACCAAAGGUGAACAACACAUCUGAUGAGCUGUAAUAACUGGAGAACAUUUUUAAUUCAUCUAGAAUCUAUAGGGAGUGAUUAUUCCUAUGCUUGGAAUAGGUGGGCAGUCCCUCGUUAUCACAUUAUUUGGGUAUUUCUGUCUUUUCACAGAAAAAUGUUCUUUCUUUUUGAGUCUGGACAUGGAUGUAUAAAAAAAGAUUCUUCACUGGAGCAGCUCGCUUGAGGGGAAAAAAAUCUUUUUAAAGAAAUAGCUGGCACUGCAAAUGUUUACAGAAAUUGUAUUCCUCCUAUUUAUCUAAGAAAUCUCACACUGAGAUAGAAUAUGAUUUCAAAAUGAUACUUGAAAAUGCUAGAGUAACAAAGUAGCAUGUGAGUUGGCCAAUCCGUACUUGACGGAACUGAGUCUAGGAAGACCAGGUGUGCGGCAGUUCUGUUCUCCUCAGGUAGCACGGUUCUAGUUUUGUCUUUUUUAAUCAGAAAUGUUGUGAUGGACUAGGAGUAUCACUUUGGAAGAAAGCUAACAUCUCUCUAGUUGAGAAUUGGAAACAAUGUUAAGAAACAGUCUGAUUUAAAAGGACACCUUCACUGAAGGAAGACAAAAAGCCUAAUAAAAUAAAUAUUUUUGUUAAUAGUAUUUAUAAAGUAUUUGAACACUUUUUCAAUAAUUCCUUUUAACCUCCUAGUGAGUCUUGCAAGGCCAUUCUUUAGUUAUUAUCAUACCUGUUUUAUGGAAGACAGAGGACCAUUAGCGACAAGUCAGAUGGAUAGAAUUAAAGUUUCUUAAAUCCAUUGCUGAGCAAUUUUUUCCAUUGUCUCACUUUGCUUCUAUUUUUAUAUUUUGCUUUUGUGAAAUGUAUCUUUUGGUUGUUUAAUUUCUUUUCUCUUUUUUUUAAAAAAAAAAAAAUAAAGUCUUCAUCCUGGCUGGCUUAGUUUCACAGAUAUGAACCCAUUUCAAAGAAAUAGUUCUGAGUUCUGUCGAAUGCUGUGAAAGUAUUUGCUAUAAUAAUAAACAGAAUUCUUGUGA